UGAGGUGAGCAAGGCAGACGGACCCACUGACGGAGGGAUGGGAGGAAGAGGAGGGAGGGAGGCUGGAGCUUUGCCAGUGUUUCCCAGCAACAACAGCAGUGAGAGGCAGGAAUCCUCCCGCUCUCAUUCACUCGUUUAUUUCCACCUCUUGUUUCAGUCCUUUAUUCCUCCUCUGCUGAUGCCACUUCCUUUCAUUCCUCUCUCUCUCUCCUGGAUUUAGAGGAGGAGGAGGAGGAGGGAGGUGGGAGGGGUGGAGAGGAGCGGCAUUGCGAUACUGCAGGAACAGACUGAGGAGCUACGGGAGAGAAGAGAGAGGGAGAGGAGCAGGAGAGGUGGGAGAAGGAGGGAAGAAAAGAAAGGAGGUGAAAUUAAAGAAGUGGAGCUUUUGAAAAGGAAGAAAUGAGGAGAGAGUAGGAGAGGAGAGAUGACGAGAGGAGAGAGGAGGAGAGGUGGAAAUAAUGAAGAAAGAAAGGUAAAAGAAGAAGAAGAGGAAAGUGAGAGUGUGGAGAAUGAGUUGCUGCAGGGUCAGAAAGAUGGAAGAAUGAUUCAGUACGAGGAAAGAGUGGAAGGAAGGAAAGCCGGCUGAGGCUCUUCAUUUGAGACCAAGUGAGGCGAGUUCUACAGAUUGGCUGCAGGGCGUGAGGAUUGAGGAAAGGAUGGAGGAAUGGACGGCUUCGUGGAGUACAGACCAUCACAGGGGGAUUGAAAACAAUCAUAAAACAAAGUGAACUCAUCCUCCAGGAGUAUCUGCAGAACUUUGCUGCAACCAACAUGAAAACAUCCCAUGAUCAGAUUUGCACUUCCUGUCCGAAACACGGAAAGAUGGAUUUGGAGUUUAGCCAUAUGGAACAAACUGAGGGGAACGUGUUGAGAUGCUGAGGUGCCACUUUACAGAUGAAUACAGUCAGAUAUUUUUGGACGAAUCUUAGCCGUUGGAUGUAUUUUUGAUCAGGAACCUGGCACGUGUUCUUGGACUUUAGUGAGAAAAACUCUGAUCACGUGAACAUCGCUCAGCAGAGGAUGAUUGGAUCGAUGACAGCGAGAAGGGGUUGGAAGAGUUUGAGGAUAUGUUUGGACCUGUGAAGGGAGCAAAGACAGAAGGAUGUUCAUUCGUGCGUGAAAUGAAUGUGAUGCGAGUCAUUGCUUUAAGGGGAACAAUCAUGAAAAACCUGAAGCAGUUUUUUGGUUUCAUGUCUUAUUUUUGAUUGACGGACAGACUGAAUCUUUAUUGUUUGACAGAAGUGAGUAGGAAUAAUAAUCUGCUGAAAACUGAACAUGGUGAUAAAUCUGAUGUACUCACCUGAACGCUUUAGGAUUAACAUAAAUUUGGGAUCCCUCCGCAGCAGUUUGGGAGUUUUAAAGAUCUUUUAGGUUCAACCCCUAAACUUCUUUAUGGAUUUGGUAAAAACCAGAUGUUGAAAAUGAAAAUUAACUCGUUAAAAUGUUUAAACGAUCUGAAAGGACAGACACACUGUUGAUGCUGUGAUUGACGAACCAAGAAACUGCGAGUUUAGGAAAAACCGUGUUGGACGUCAUGUUAUCAUCAUUGUCUGGAUGCAUGGACAGUGUUCUCCUGUUUCAAAAGUAAAAUGAUUCUCACUUUAAAGAGUGUUUUUUUGGAGUUCAGGGGGGAUGGAAAGUCAAACUGAUGGAUGAAAAGCCAUUUUGUUGGAGCAUGAAAAUGAAUUAAAGCUUUGGAGAAAUCUUCUCCGGACUUUGAGGCACCUGUUCUACCUGGAGAGUUUAUGAAACACUACACUCGUGGAUGUUUGCUGCUGAAUGCAGAAGGACAACAAAAGAAAAACCUUUCAGAGCUUUAAAACAGGACACAUCUGGAUAAACAUCUGGGUAAACCUGAGACAGUGAAAAUGGACUAUAUGGAUAUGGACCACCAUCAGCGUUUUUCCUUGAUCGGCUGAGUGUCCAUCGGUCAUGGGUAGAUUGGGUGCCCUUGGUUUGACCCUGGAUCUAUUUUCUGGAGAAGGCUUCAUAGAUCAGCCUUGAUGAUGCGGACCAGGUGUCCCUCCUUCACAGCUGUGGUUUUAAAUCUUUGUUUGAAUAGAUCUGGGUCUUUACAAUGGUGAAUGAGGACGAGAAGAAGCUUGGUCCCAGUUCCUCUUUAAGAUCAAGAAGUUUGAGCAGAUAAUGGAUUGGAAGGAACUGGCGGCUCACAAGCUCAGUCUGUCCCGCAGGAAGAAGUCCCCGCCCGGCUCCGCCUCCCCGCCCGGCCAGUCCCCGGGACCGCUGCUUUACACUGGGGGCUUCAGCGGGGCCUUGCAGCUCUCCCCGCCUGCCAUCCCACCAUGUCUCCUUCGAGCUGGAUCAAAGGUCAAGGACACGCCGGGGAUGGGAAAGGUCAGAGUCAUGGUCCGGAUCUGCUCGGUCCAGGGUGAGUCCUCGGAGUCCAUGUCCUUCCUGAAGGUGGACGGCAGGAAGAAGCAGCUCAUGCUGUGCGAGACGUCGGCCCAGAGACGGUCCUCAGCCUCAGCGCCAAAGACCUUCACCUUUGAUGCCAUCUUCUCGCAGGACGCCUCCCAGGCUGAGGUGUGUUCAGGAACGGUGGCAGAGGUAAUCCAGUCGGUGGUGAAUGGCGCAGACGGCUGCAUCUUCUGCUUUGGGCACGCUCACCUGGGUAAGACAUACACCAUGAUUGGUCGGGAUUGCUCCACCCAGAGCCUGGGCGUGGCUCCGACGGCAAUCUCCUGGCUCUUCAGGGUGAUUGAGGAGCGGAAGGAAAAGUCUGGAGCUCGUUUCUCCGUCAGAGUGUCGGCUGUGGAGAUCUCCGGUCGCGAGGAGACACUCACCGACCUCCUGGCUGAACUGGCGGCCAUAGGCCACCAGGAGGCACCGGGCCCCGCCGUGUCGCUGAGAGAAGAUCCCAUCUGUGGAUCCCAGCUGCAGAACCAGAUGGAGCUUCGGGCGAGCAGUGCCGAGCGAGCAGCAUCCUUCCUGGAUGCUGCCCUGGCAGCAAGGAAGAGCAGCCGAAUGCCGAACGACCAGGAAGUCCGAAGGAACUCCCACUUCCUGUUUACCCUGCACCUCUACCAGGAGAGGCUGGACAAGAGCAACAAGGCAACCAUGUCCGGUCGGAGUCGCCUCCACCUCCUGGAUUUGGGCAGCUGCGAGACGGACAUCAGCAGGACCCGAGAGGGGGGCGGGGGACAGUGUCUGUCGCUCUCGGCACUGGGAAACGUCAUCCUCGCCCUUGCCAAUGAAGCCAAGCACGUUCCCUACAGGGACAGCAAGCUCACCAUGCUGCUCCGCGAAUCCCUGGGCAACAUCAACUGCCGCACGACCAUGAUCGCCCACAUCUCCGACUCUCCGGCGGGCUACAUGGAGACACUGACCACGGUGCAGUUGGCCUCCCGCAUCCACCGCUUGAGGAAGAAGAAGUCCAAGCACACCUCCAGCUCGUCUGGAGGGGAGAGCUCCUGUGAGGAAGGCCCAUCCUGUCGGCCUCCUCGUCUUCGACCCUUCCACCCUCUGACCGUGGCCCUUGACCCGGACGUUCCGCUGCUACUCUCGAGUGAUCCCGACUAUUCCUCCAGCAGCGAGCACUCCUGUGACACUGUCAUCUACGUUGGGCCGGGAGGGAAGGCAAUCUCAGACCGAGAACUGAGCGACAACGAGGGUCCGCCUUCCUUCGUUCCCAUUAUUCCGUCCCUGAACAAAAAGCGAGUCAAAGAUGCACCCAAGUCCGACGGUGACCACUUUAAGUGUAACACGUUUGCAGAACUGCAGGAAAGACUCGACUGCAUUGAUGGCAGCGAGGGCCCGGCCAUGUUCGGCACAGAGAACAAAUCAGUAGCGCUGAAGGCUCAGAGUGUCCCUCUUAAACCCAUAGAGGCAACGUCUCCACCCAAAUCUGAGAAGAACUCGUCCCACAGGUUCUCAGAAAGCACACUGACAACAUACACAGAUAAACCAGAUCAGGAUCAGCCCAAACUACCUUCAGCUGGUGGCUUCAUGGAGACAUCCAAAAGGACGAGUGCAGAUGGAGAGAAGCUUUCAGGCACCCCCGUUCAGCCAUGUGUGGUAAAGUCAGGGGGGGCUCCAACCCAUGACUCAGAGCCUGUAGUUCGAGAGAAAGUCUACCUCAGAGGAGCUGUACCCAAGCCACUGGCCUCACCGUCCUUACCCAGGACAACCAGGACGGCACCUCGGCCUGGGGAGGCUCUCAGCAGGACUCCGCCUGUCGGUAUGAGUCAACAAGGAAUGAGGCAAGACCAGCCACCCAAAUCUGAAAGCCCUAACCCAAACACAGACGGAGCCACUCACACAAGCAGGUACCCCACGGAGGUGAACAACCUCCGGGCCUCUCUGUUAGGACGAUGCCUGGACGGGGACUUUCUGAGGACCACAAUCACUCUGCAGCAGCCCGUGGAGUUGAAUGGAGAGGACGAGCUCGUGUUCACAGUUAUAGAGGAGCUCCCGCACAGCCUUGUCUCAGAUAACGGCCGUCCCUCCAACCUCCUCAGCUUUAACACCAACUGCUUUCCACAGGCUUUAGCUGCUGGCUCUCGUCCGGUCAGCAUCAUCAGUAGUAUUAAUGAUGAAUAUGAUGCUUACACCUCUUUACAAGAAGCUGUGGGACCAGGCACUGAUGUUGGCACUGAACACCAACAAGGUUUGCUUUCCCAACGUGACAAAAAGCAGCCGUCUGUUGGCUCAUGGCUUUGUGAAUCAGCUGAAGGUGAUGGUCUUCAUUCACAAAGCAGGCUUUACCUGAGGGAUAAAACGAUGGACAACGCUGCCCUUCUGAGCUCACCAAGUAUAUUCCAUAAACAGUCGUUCUUACAGCAUGGCAUUAAGAGCUCCUUAAACAACAGUGGUGUCUGUUUUUCAGAGCUGGAAAGCGACCCCGCUACCCCAAACAAACCAUCUUUUACCAAGUGCCCUCCUUCCCCCGAGACAGCCAAAGCAUCUCUGAAAGGCUCUCUGAAGGUGAAAGCCAAUACCCUGAACACAUCAGUGUCAGCACAGAUUCCCCGCCAUGCCACCCAUUCCAGUCUUCCCAGGAAAACCAAGCCUACCUCAUCUUCAGCUGUCGGCUGCAGCAGACAGGAAGGCAGACAGGAUGAUGUUUUGCUUCAGCGAAGCAGUUAUUGUGAUCCCAGAGAGGCGGAGUUUCUUUCUGCAGGUAAGCCAACAAGAAGUGGCAUGACUAACGUUUCCUCCAAGAGGUCCGGAGGGAACAGCAACAGUGUACCUCGCCCACCAAAGACACAGAUGUCUUCUUCAGCUCAGAGAGUUGUUGAUGGCUGUGAGAAGUCCAGCAGCAGGAGAGGAGACACUCUCAUCAAAUUGCCACGACUCACUCGGGGCGCAACAACUCUAGGAACCAUUUCCACCCCCCAAGAAGCUGCAUCAGUGAUCAGUACACUGAGGUUUUCAUCACUGGGAAAAAAGGCAAAUGGACAAAAAAGCAGCACAAAGUCUGGACAGUCGAGUCAAGAACAAAAAUUAAGAAUUGUGCUGUCUCCAAGUGCCUUAAAAACAAGCAGCAACACCGGAAAGUCCUCAGAGGAGGAAGUGCAUGUCAGGCUCAGAGCUGGUUCAUUCAGCCACAGGACAUCCGGCUUAAAAACUGAACACAGUUCUGCAAGGACAUCCUCAAGCCUGAAGACGCAAGGAGCCAAAGCAGAUUCUUCCAGGUACUUUGGGAGUCUUAUGUCUUUGGAAAGGUGCGACACUCCAACCUUAGCUGCGUCCAAACCUGAGCUGUUCAGAGAGAACAGUGGUGCUACAUCUGGAGGAAAUGGCAGAUCCAACAGAUCAGUGCCAAGACUCGGUGAUCCAGCAUCCACCUCCACAUCGGCCUUUCCGUCCCAAGUUCCAGCUGGUGUUUUUGCAGCAACCAGCAAACUGUGGCAGGUCCGCAGUGGCAGCGGAUCAGGAGCAGCAGCUUCUGGUGGACUGAAGCUUCGAAUGCUGUCUGCCAGCAAUUCCAAGAGCCCAAGCUCCUCCCCCAAACCGCCAGAGAAUGUAGCUGGAUGCAACACCAACCUACCUUCCAAUGGCAAGUCCCCAUCUCGCUCUGGAACGGGAGCCAAGACAGGAAAAGGCACCAAUAUGGGCACCAAGCAUGCCAUCGGCAGGGCAGCCAACAGCCGGAUUAGCGAGUUAGUUUCAGGUAGCCAAAGGAGGAUGUUUGGUGGUGGAGGUGGAGUAACAGGAAGCGCCAUCCCUGGCAGCAGGACCGGUAGCAUCACCAGAUCACCCCUCAACGCACCGCUGCCAUCACCUUACAGCAAGAUCACAGCGCCUCGGAGGCCACAGCGCUACAGCAGCGGGCACGGCAGCGACAACAGCAGCAUCCUGAGUGGGGAGCUGCCCCCCGCCAUGGGACGCACUGCCCUUUUUUACCACAGCGGGGGCAGCAGCGGCUACGAGAGCAUGAUCCGAGACAGCGAGACAACCGGCAGCACCUCAUCAGCGCACGACUCUAUGAGUGAGAGCGGAGCAUCCUCAUCAAACAGGAGCCGAGUUUCUAAAUCGCCCAAGAAGAGAGGAAACGGGUUCCUGCGGCGGCGGCUGAUCCCUGCCCCACUGCCGGACACCUCCUCCCUGGGCAGGAAGGUGGGCAGUCAGUGGGUGGACCUGCCCCCGCUGGGCGGCACCCUGAAGGAGCAGUUUGAGAUAAAGGUCUAUGAGAUUGACGACGUUGAGUGUGUGCAGAGGAGGAAGGAGGCACUCAUGGGCUCCGAGCAGACGUUCCACGAUGUUGAGAAGGGUCUGCUCUACUUCAACGCCCAGCUGAGGAUGCUGGAGAAGCGGCAGCAGCAGAUCCAAGAGCUGAAGAGCAAACACGACAGGCUGAAGGCGGAACUGGAGGAGGUCAAGAGCUGGCUGAUGCUCCACCCGAGCAGGUGGAGUGGAGAGUUUGACAUGGACCAGGACCUGGACUGCGAGUCCCAGGAGUACCUAGAGGCUCUGGCUCAGGCCACGGGGGAGCUGGAGUACUGCGUCAACCUGUGCAAGUCCCGCCUCAUGAUGGAGACCUGCUUCGACAUUACCGUGAUGACGGCAGGUGCCGCUGCGCAAGGUAGCCGUCAGGAGGUGGAGGUGUGAGAGGUUUGCCGACUCAUCGACAGGAAGACUGAAGCAGACUUCCUGUCGGAGCAGAGCAACAAACAGCUGAUCAGAGAUCAGAUCUCAGAGGACGCAGCUCUGCAAGUGCCUUCUAUUCAUGAGCUCAACGACUCUGUGAGCUUGUUUGUCAUGGUGUUUUUUAUGGUGCUGAAUUCAUCCAUCAGCAGACCCGAGUUUAGGAAAAAAGAUUCAGCUCCAGCGUGGACUCUGUUCACCUGUAAGCUCCACCCCCGAGCCUCAAACCUGAAGAACCCAGAGCAGGACCAUGGGUUUGAUCCCGGCUCAACCACUUAAACACUCGAAUGGAUGUGAACUAACUCUGAAGCUGGUUUUAGGAAACCGGCUUGUUCACCCCGAGUUCAGCCUGCUCACGUUCUCAGUGACUCAAAAAGAUGUUUCAGCAGGUAAAACAUCUGUGGCAGCAUACAUGAUGACAUCAUCUGCACCGCAGCCAGAACGACAGAGCAGGAAUGGCAUCUAAAUGACAAAUGUACAGACAGACAAAUGCACAUUAAAGGGGACGUGAAACACUGAACACAUAAAGGGUAAUUUACCCAGUGCUUCUGCUCUCACGCUGACACAGAUGUAACUCUGUCUGUGACGCUGGGUUCAAGAAAUCAUAGCAGUUAGCCGUAAUGUACACUUGCAGUGCAGGAGCGCCUGUGUGAGCCAGGUGAUGGUGGUUACCAGCUCAGAGUACCGAGCAGGCCAAUCACCUGAUGCAAUCAGAGCUAUUGUAUCCAAUAAAAUAAUCUCUCUGUUCCCAAACACAUCCUGUAACAGUCACAACAUGCUCAUCACACAACGAUCAGGGUGUCCCAUCAGCACGUCUGCAGGGAAAUCAGGGGUCAAGGAGAAACAAAAGGAAGCGAUGGCACACGUUUUGUUUUUUCCUCACGUCAUCUCUCUGACUGGAUUACUUCAUAUUACAGGUGAGGACCAGCGAAGCCCCAGUAUGGGUAAGGGAGACUGUAAGGUGGGGGACAUGGUGAUGGAUGUCAGGAUUUCUAGUUGUCUUUAAUAUGUUGUGUUUGUGGUUUGAUAUACAUCCUGCCACAUGUUUGGUUGUUUGGAAAAGAGAAUAUUUUAUUACAUAAAAUAGACAUUGUGUGAACAUGUACUUUAACAGCCGAUGGCGUGCUUCGUUGCACCCGGUGUGUCGGUCUGCUGACUCACACAGGCUCUCCUCCACAGUCCUCAUUUAUAAAGUGCUUUACAAACCCCAACAUCAUGGCUAACAGCUGGAUUUUCCUGUUUCAGUGCAGCUAACCAAACAGCAAACAGCCACUUCCUGCUACAGGCACAGACAGUAAAGUGGACACUAUGUAGACCCAGGGUGAGAUCUAAAACCUGCAGGACACUGGCCCUUGAGGCCUGGAGUUGGGGACCCCUGCUCUAUCCAUUCUGUCACUAGUUAGCUAGCAUAAACUAAUGUGAGUCUAUUAGCCAACCACAUGACAUUAUGUGCAUUUCAUGUCCCCUUUAAUCAGGUUAUUAGGGGUGAGGUUGUCCACCAGAAGGCGCUCUGUAGGUUCCCUGUUUGUAAUGCCACAAAUACAACCAUCUGCGUAAAUGCGUAAUCACUGACUUGAUGUGCCAAUAAAACAAGAUCAAAUUUAAACUAUGGUCUCCUCUUGGUAAAUAACAACUCGGAUGUGUUUCUGAAAGAGAACAAUGAUCCGAAGGUAUCCAAUUUUAAAAUCACAAAAUAAAAGCUAGAAUGUCGGUCAGGUGACGUCACGAGUCAUGUGACUGACGAUCGCGAGCUGCCCAUUUUAAGUCGAAGCGUCCAGAACAGGGGUGUCCGUAUAUUGACGUGAAGAAUUACAGUGCAGUUUUUUUCUGUUAGGGAGGAUGUGUUUGUUAUUGAGUGUAAUGUAAAAAUAAGUUCUUUAAAAAGCCAAAAAUGAUUUAAUAUGAAGGCAAUAUGAGCAGAGAGUGCAUUUUUAUUUUGUUAAAUAUGAACAAAAUGAUAGCACAAGUGCUGCCACGUGUCUGGCCAGAAAGAGAGGGCCAAUGUGUUUAUUUGGUAGUUCAAUGAAAGACUUUAGUUAGUUAAGAGUGAGGAAAAGAAUUUGCGUUCACGUUUGCAGUUUUGUCUUGUUAUAGACUAUCUGAAAUUUUAAAAACCAAACAAACAAAACACUACAUUUUCAGAAAUAUUUGUGGGUGUUUUCUUGUUCGUUUCUUUUUUACUACUUGAACACUAAAGUGGCCCUCCAAUGAGAUGACGGUGCCAGGAGUGGCCCACAGCUCAUUUAAGUUUGAGACCCCUGGUCCAGAAGAACACUGAUGUGUAAAACCUGCAGAUCUCUGACUGAAGCCCUUCCAAAUUAUCAACUAUCAGUCACUUGUGGUUGCCUGAUCAAUGGUCUGCGGCCACGUUUAUGCACACUCACUUCCUGUUGGACCCUGAAACAUUAGCUUGUCAUGAUCCAUCCGAAUCUUUUCUCUUCCACGAGUUCUACAGCCAUCUGAAGAUGUCUCUGAAACUCCAAACUGUCCCCAAACGCUUUCUCAGACAGAACGAAGAACAUCAAACUCUGAGCUCCAAACAUGGCCCCACCUCCAAACACAGUAUACUCUCUGAAGAAUACAAAAUAAAAGCGUGGCGACUGAAGUUCAGAGUCAGCUGUGAGGAUGUAAAAUUUCAGAUUUCCAUCACAUGUGUGACGUGCAGCAGGAACUGACACGCUCAGACUCAGACUCAGUCCGAAGAGAGCAGAUGAUGUUUCCCGUCUCAGGCUCUUUCUGAAGUGGCUGCAUGAAGCAUCGUUCUGCAUUGUGCUCUUGUUUUUGUUCGUCAGGUUUCCUGUUUUUCGUUAAAUUGAUGAAAUCGCUGUGCUGAUGUGACGUGUUAACUGUCAGUUAACGUGUUAACUGUUUCCUUUUCUUUGUUUUUGUACUGUACAGUUUUCUAACUAUUUGUAAAAAAAGAGGAGUGGGUGGGUUGGCGCAGAGGCAGCGUCAGGAACAUGAAUAAAGAUUCAAAGAUUUCAUCUCA